AUGACCAAGGAUCCAGGAAGCCCACACGCUACCGACGGGACGGAUCCAGAGGAACGAUUCCAAUGCCCGCGGCCGGACAACGCCAAGAAGAAUCGUUACAUCAACGCACUGCCAUACGAUCACGCCAGAGUUGUGAUCAACGAGUACGCCAACAUGAAUAACUCGGACUACAUAAACGCAUCAACAAUAACUGACCACGAUCCGCGUAACCCGGCGUACAUUGCAACACAAGGACCGUUAGCCGAGACGUCGGCGGACUUUUGGCAAAUGGUGUGGGAACAAGGGUGCGUGGUGAUAGUCAUGUUGACCAGACUGGUUGAGAACGACGUGGUGUUGUGUCACCGUUACUGGCCAGAAGAAGGAUCGGAACUCUAUCACAUAUACGAGGUGCAUUUGGUGAGCGAACACAUAUGGUGCGACGAUUACUUGGUAAGGAGCUUUUAUUUGAAGAAUUUGAAAACCGGAGAGACCAGGACCGUUACUCAGUUCCACUUCUUGACAUGGCCAGACGGAGGGGUACCGAACACCACCAAAGCUCUUUUGGAGUUCCGCAGGAAAGUAAACAAGUCGUUCCGUGGCAGAUCUUGUCCUAUUGUCGUGCAUUGCAGCGAUGGUGUUAGUCGUACUGGUUCGUAUUGCCUAUUGGACAUGGUGCUUAAUCGUAUGGCGAAAGGAGCUAAGGAGAUCGAUAUAGCUGCUACCCUGGAGCACAUCCGGGAUCAGCGUUCAGGUGCGGUGGCAACUAAGGCGCAAUUCCAAAUGGUUCUGGCCGCCGUGGCCGAAGAAGUGCAAGCCAUACUGAAAGCUUUGCCCCAGCAACAGACACCUCAACCUUUACCUCCGCCUCCACCACCAGCCCAACAUUGA